UUUCAGAACAUUCCAGAUUUGAAAGUGUGCACUAUUAACAUAUUAAAAUAAUUAGCUGGGUGCGGUGGUAGGAGAAAGGAUUUCCUGUUAUCUUGAGCUAUCUGAAUGUACUGUUCAUACAAUGGCUUUACAUCACAACGAUAUGGCCGGAGGACAUGUGACACCGGAUGGUGUUGUUUAUCAUCAGCAGAUGGAUUCAGAACAUGACGAUUUACGGCGAAUGGAUGAUAACAUUCAUGAUUCUACAUAUGCUACUGAACAUGAAUUUGGUACGGACGAUGACACCCCACAUCAUUCCCAACCACGGGCUGUACAUCAGUGUAAUAUAUGCAACAAAAUUUUUGUUUCGUUUAAAGGCUUGCAACAGCAUGCCGUAAUUCAUACAGAUCAAAAACCGUUUGGCUGUGAUAUCUGCGGGAAAGCAUUUCGCUUUAAAUCUAAUUUAUUUGAGCAUCGCUCGGUACAUAGUGGGUUUACUCCUCAUGCAUGUCCAUAUUGCGGUAAAACAUGCAGGCUUAAGGGUAAUUUGAAAAAACAUUUGAAAACACAUGUAUCAACAAAGGAAGAACUUGAAGAAGCAUGGAAACCAUUUGCAAGCAAUCGUAGACCACCAGCAGAUAUUCCCGAUGAUGCCAUAAUAGUGCGUAGUGCCGGUGAACCUUUCUUCACGCCUCCAAGUCGUCCACGAAAGCGAAAACUUGGUUUAGGUCCUGAUGCGCGGCCAUGGAUUGAAAAAAUCCGACGUGGGGAAUUGUUACCUAGUGCUCCCAUAGUUGAAAAGAUGCGACGGCUAUCAGAAUUAUUAAAAUCAGCUGAAGAAAAUUCAUUCAAUCUUGAUGAAAUAUUCGAGCAGGCCCGUGCAUUAUCAUUUGAACGUUUUGAUUGUCCUAUUUGUAAAGUGGUGUUCAUGUCGAGGUUGGAAUGCGUUGAACAUAUUGAUAUUGAACAUCCAAUGGCAAGGACUGAACGACCACUGUUUUGCGAAGUUUGCUUGAGAACUUUCGCAGAUCGCAAGGCAAUGGAACAACAUGAAAGUUAUCAUAAGCGGGUUCAUUUGCUCAUUGAACAUGGUGAUCUCGAGAUUGUGGAUCCGGAAAUCUUACUUCCGGAAACAUGUGACGUUAUGGAUGAGGAGGUAGAGGCUGUUUGAUCUGUUGUGCUGAUUAGUAAUGAAUUUAUACAUUGUCAAAAGUCUUGCACUUUUCUACUGUUUACGUCAAGAGCCAAUUUUGACGAAUAAUUUUCUCCAAUUUCAACUAACGGUUUUCUAUAAGUUUUUCAAAUCGAGCUCUUCGUCUUACUUGCAGUUUUGUUCCAGUUGUUUUCCCCGAUUUUAGCAGUAAGCAUUAUCUUCAGUGGAACCGGCAUAUCAUCCCUU